AUGGCUGGUUCAUCGACGAAGAGAUUCCCUCUCUACGCUAAAGAUUACGAGCUCUUUGAAGAAGUGGGGGAAGGUGUUAGCGCCACAGUGUAUAGAGCUCGUUGCAUUGCUCUCAACGAGAAUGUAGCCAUUAAAGUCAUGGAUCUUGAAAAAUGCAGAAACGAUUUGGAGACAAUACGAAAGGAAGUUCACAUUAUGAGUUUAAUAGAUCAUCCGAAUUUAUUGAAAGCGCAUUGUUCAUUUAUCGACCGUAACAGUUUGUGGAUUGUGAUGCCUUACAUGUCCGGUGGAUCUUGCUUUCAUUUAAUGAAAUCUGUUUAUCCAGAAGGUCUUGAGCAACCUAUAAUUGCUACAUUGUUGAGAGAAGUGCUCAAAGCUCUUGUUUAUCUCCAUAGACAAGGACACAUCCAUAGAGACGUUAAGGCUGGAAACAUAUUGGUUCACUCUAGAGGCGUAGUGAAGCUUGGAGACUUUGGGGUUUCGGCAUGCAUGUUUGAUAGUGGUGAUAGGAUGCGUACAAGGAACACAUUCGUUGGAACUCCUUGCUGGAUGGCACCUGAGGUUAUGCAGCAAGUAGACGGAUAUGAUUUCAAAGCGGACAUUUGGUCUUUUGGCAUUACUGCAUUGGAGCUAGCUCAUGGUCAUGCUCCAUUUUCCAAAUUUCCACCUAUGAAGGUGCUGUUAAUGACAUUACAAAAUGCUCCUCCUCGUCUUGACUAUGACAGAGAUAAGAAAUUCUCAAAGUCGUUUAGAGAGUUAAUCGCAGCAUGCUUAGUUAAAGAUCCAAAGAGGCGUCCAACGUCAGCAAAACUUCUGAAACAUCCGUUCUUCAAGCAUGCUCGGUCUACAGAUUACUUGUCACGUAAAAUUCUUAAUGGUCUUUCUCCACUUGGUGAUCGUUUUAAAAAGCUAAAGGAAGUAGAAGCUGAGUUGUUUAAAGGCAUAGAUGGUGACAAAGAACAGUUAUCUCAGCAUGAGUACAUGAGAGGGAUUAGUGCUUGGAACUUUGAUCUUGAAGACUUGAAAAAGCAAGCAUCACUUGUAAGUAAGAAUCAAGAUGGUGAAAUUUGCCCUUCAGAGAUUCAAGAAGUGAACGGAAACCGAGAUGUUGAGGUUGAUGUGCCAAAGAGAAACCCAGUGAUACAAAGGUCAAAGACUAUGUCUAUGGAAAUGUUCAAUUUCUCAGAUAAGGAUUUGAUGAUUGUGGGUAACAGCAGUCAAACAAUUGGUGGUUCCUUACUUCCUUCCUUUCGCCGCAAGUUUGUCCCGGCUAUUGGAUAUCAAGAUGGCGUCCCUAGGGUUAAUGAAAGCAAUGCAUGUCGCUCGAGCGAAGGAGCUGUAGAAGAGACACGUCAACUAGAACCAUUAGCGGAUAGUACUAAUCUGAGGCUCCUUCUUGAAGGAGAGCCAUUGGUGGAUAGUACGAAGCAGAAGCUCGCUCUUGAAGAAAAGCCACGUCAAGUGGGACCAUUGGUAGAUAGUACGAAGCAGAAGCUCCCUCUUGAAGAAGAGCCGCGUCAAGUUGAACCAUCAGCGGAGAAGAAACCAAAGAAUGGCUACACAGCUAGUCCUGUGAGCCAUGCAGCUUGCACAACUUCUGAAAUCCUCCCAGUGUUACAGAGUCUUCUUGUUCAGAAUGACAUUCAGAGGGAGAAAGUAAUCAGAUUGAUUAGAUUUUUUGAUCGAACUGCUGAAACUGAAAAUUCAAUUUCAAAAACUGGAGGAGUGCAGAUGUAUCCAUCAAGAGAGAGAGAACUACAAUCUCAGGUUACAUUUCUGGAGCAAAGUGUUGAGAUUCUUGUAGAGGAAUUGAAGAGAAGAAAAGAAAUUAAUGGUCAGCUAGAACGACAGAUCAAAUCUCUAACUAGUAGCAGCAGCAACAAUAUUCCUUAA